UCCCCCGCCUCCGCCAUGGAGCCCGCCGCGCCGUCCCUGACCGAGGAGGACCUGACCGAAGUGAAGAAGGACGCUUUAGAAAAUUUGCGUGUGUACCUGUGUGAAAAAAUCAUAGCUGAGAGACAUUUUGAUCAUUUACGUGCAAAAAAAAUACUCAGUAGAGAAGACACCGAAGAAAUUUCCUGCCGAACAUCAAGUAGAAAAAGGGCUGGAAAAUUGUUAGACUACUUACAAGAAAACCCCAAAGGACUGGAUACCCUGGUCGAAUCUAUUCGGCGAGAAAAAACACAGAACUUUCUGAUACAGAAGAUUACAGAUGAAGUACUGAAACUUAGAAAUAUAAAACUAGAACACCUGAAAGGACUGAAAUGCAGCAGCUGUGAGCCUUUCCCAGAUGGCGCCACCAGCAACCUCCCCAGGUCAAAUUCAGAGGAGAGUAAUUUCUCUGACAAACUGAGAGCAUCCACUGUCAUCUACCAUCCGGAAGGAGAAUCCAGCACGGCCCCCUUUUUUUCGACUGAUUCCUCUCUGAAUUUGCCCGUUCUGGAAGUGGGCAGGACUGAACACCCCACCUUCUCUUCAACGACGCUGCCCAGACCUGGAGACCCGGGGGCGCCUCCUUUGCCACCGGAGCUGCGCUUAGAAGAAGAAGGAACCUGUGGAAACUCCAGCGAGAUGUUUCUCCCCCUGAGAUCACGUGCUCUUUUGCGGCAAUGACAGCUGACUACCUUUUUCUUUAUUUUUGAUGAUGACCAGAAAAUGUGAUUGAUAAAAUAUAGCAUCAUGUAAAGUUGCUGGAGUGACUUACUAACUUUUGAUACACGUCCCUUUAGCACGCCAU